AUGGAAACGCCAGGCCUGAGCGGCGGAAGAGGCAUGUUCAAGAGGUUGAUUGUUGCAUGCGACGGCACGUGGAUGGAUUCAGAUGACGGCAGCAAAAAUGGCAAAAUCGCGGUUCCGACCAAUGUCACGCGGAUAUCAAGAGCUAUCAAAGCGGUCAGUCAGGACGGUGUUCAGCAGAUUGUCAACUACCACGCCGGUGUUGGGACGGAAGGGUCAAAAUUAUCUCGCUUCGUAGGAGGUACGGUUGGGAAGGGCCUCUCGGAAAACGUCCGAGAAGCAUACUCUUUCCUGGCGAACAACUACCACCACGGCGACGAAAUCUUCCUCCUGGGCUUUUCAAGAGGCGCGUUCACUGCUCGUAGCAUCGGCGGUCUUAUAGGUGAGAUCGGACUGCUCACAAAGAAGGGCUUGAACGCACUACCAGAGGUUUAUAACGAUGUCCAACACCGCCGAGACGAAAACUACGUUCCAGCACAUCCCGAUAUUCCCUUCACACGGAAACCCAGCGCAUCUGAUCCACGAUACGCACACGAGCUGGAACGAAGAGGCCUAACCCGUCUCGAUAUUCCUAUCAAAGUUAUCGCUGUUUGGGAUACUGUUGGCUCACUCGGUAUCCCACGCAUCGGAUUCUUCCAGCGCGUUGGCCUGCAAAUGCGCGAGUCACGUGCAACGACCUUUUACGACACAAAGCUCGACAACUGUGUAGAGAAUGCGUUCCAAGCGCUCGCUCUGGAUGAAUCGAGGUCGUCAUUCGCGCCAGCGGUGUGGGAGAAACCUGAAGGAAAUCGCACAACGUUACGGCAAGUUUGGUUUCCUGGUGCGCAUGCCAAUGUAGGAGGUGGAUAUGACGAUCAACAGAUUGCGGAUAUCAGUUUAGCUUGGAUGAUGAGCCAGCUUGAACCGUUUUUGGAUAUGAGGGAUGAAUACUUGUUUGAGCAAGAUGAGCAAAAUGAGAAGUACUACAAGAAGACGGAAGGAAUAAUACGGCCUUGGAGUUUUGGACGCAUAUACAGCGAACUGACUGGCCUUUUUGCCUUGGGCGGCCACUACACCGCAGUAGAUCCGAACAACGGUAAAGCCACAGAUCGCCCUCUCCGCCAAACAAACGAAUACAUCCACCCUUCCGUCCGGACGCGCUACAAGCUCGAAGGUCCCGGUGUCCAAGACCGCGGCGCAUACGAAGCCCGUGGCCUAACAGAAAACUACCGCCUCAACGUCGACUACGGCCCAGACAUCGCCAAAGUAUCAUCCGGCGACCCCGAAAUCUUCUGGAAAAUCCGGUCCCGCGACACAUACGGCGUCCGCACACUCCCCGAAGCGCCCCUCUGGCGCCUCGAACGCGAACUCGCGCGCAAAGACCCCAAAAUAUACGACUACUACAAGCGCCCGCCGGCCACGCAGACUACAAAGAAGUCACGACGCGCCCCGCGACCCUUGAGCGCGGAUAUGGGAUCCAGAGUUGCGAGCACGUUGGAGGGAGACGUUCAGUCCAAGAUCGACGUUUCCGGCGGAGGAUCGGGGGGCGAGGCGGAGUAG